AUGGUAUCAUAUAUAGUCUGGCUGCCCAAGAAGAGUCAAAAGUGUGCACAGCCUGCAGACUCCAAGUCCAUAAAGAGACCUCUACAAAAGAAGAGUCGCAAAGGCUCAAAGGAAGUGCUAACUAAGAAGUGGCGCCAAGACUCAGAGUCAGAACUUGAAAUUACUCCCCCUCCACAGAACUUGAAGAAGAGCUGCCAAAAUGCAGAAGAUGAGGCAUUGCUACCACCUACACGAGGUAGCAAGCACUCACAGCUUGCAGACUCAGAGUCAGAACUUGAAAUAACUCCCCCUCCACAGAACUUGAAGAUGAGUUGCCAAGAUGCCAGUGAGGGAACAUUAACUAAUAAGUGCCAUCAAAGUAAUCAAGCACCACCACCUGCACAACCUAGUAAAAGAUUGUGGCAAGAACAUACCUCUGAGUCUUUGAACCAUGUCAUUGAUGAUGUAUAUGGGAAGCAAGGCAUGAUUUCAGAUGAAGAUCUAGUCGAUCGCAAAGCUGAAAUGUCUAACUCAGAGUUGAGCAAUGAAGAAUUAGAAACAGUUGCAAACACUAUAUCAGCAGAGACACCAAGCUUCACCUUGGGUUUAAAGACCAAAAAAAAGCAAUCCAUCCCUGUAAAGGCACUGCAGUCUGCACAUCUGCACAUCUCCUACCCAUCUCUGACACUUUCCCACCAUCUCUGCAUCUCCAAUGCAUCAGACCCACUCAGAGAUCCCACACACUUACCCUACCAUGUCCAGUCCAGUCCUGCUUAA